AUGAGUCAACAAGGGCAGAAUGCUGGUCAAGGAAACGUCGGGGGAAAUUCAAGAGCAACAGGUCUUUACCAGUAUCAACAGCAGCAUGCUCAGCAGCAUCAUAAUAACCAUGCAAUAGCCGCUCAUAUUCAAGCUCGGGCCAAUUUCAACGGAAACCAACAGCAACAGCAUGUUUCACAACAUCAACCACGGCAACUGGUGAAUGCAAACAGCUUACAAGGAAUGAAUCAUGCCCAAAUGAAUCACUUGCGAACAAUGCAGCAGCAAUUGCAAGCAGACAUUGCAACACAACAAAAUAUUCAGGCUUCCAUGAACGUGAAUCAGCAGCAAUCACAUUUGCAACAGCAGCAUCAGCAACAACAUUUGCAACAGCAGCAGCAACAGAAUAUCCAAGCACCUUUAAAUAUGAAUCAACAACAGCGGCAACAAUUGCAGCCUGCAGAAAAUUCUGCAAACACAGAUGUGAUCAAAGACUUGUUCAGUCAACUAAAGUCUAUCAAUCAAAAGUUGGAGAAUUUUUCAUCUCCUACUGCAGCAGAAAGGAAAACGCCAGCUAACGAACAGCGCACGAAGCAACAAAGCCAGCCAGCUCGUGUAAACAAUGGUGUUUCAAAUGAUGCUCCUGUGUCUCGCCCUGUUAACACAAUAGUUCAGCUCACACAGCGGCAAGCUCCACCAAUACCAUUAGCGCACACAAGUGUAAAUACAUCACGCCCCGCAGCGAAUCAGAUUGCACAACGACAUCUAUUCGAUGCAGCUAACACUGUAAAUCAGCCUCUUGGAUCCGCUCCGCUAACUGCCGCAGUACCAAAUCCCUUACUACAGUCGGGACAGCCUCAAAAUUCAAUGACUGCUGGUCAAUAUGCACGUCUAAGAGCCCAGUCUCAUCUCACAGCUUCUUCAAAUGCAACGAAAAGCAAUCAUUGGCCUACAACGGCAAAUACGACUUUGAAUCCAAAAGAGAAUCCAGAGCCAACUCAAAAUGGUCAAGCCAAAAAAUCACCUGCCAACGGGGCAAAGCAAAGCUACACACGAAAGCAACCACCAAUUGCGACAAAGAGUGUAGCCGGCUCUACGCUACAGGCCAAAGUUUCUCCUUUCACGAAUAUCCGACCGCAGGUGGUCAAACCAACAUCGCAAGCACGACCGAAUACGGCAACAAGUGCUCUGGCGCCAAUACAACCAACUGCCGCAACAAGUACGCCGGACCCAAACAUGAUUACUGGUAUUAGAAUACUCGCCUACAAAAUGGGUCAAGUUGUGGUGCCAUUACCACUGGAACUUGCUGUUGCUUACUGGAAACUACACGCUGCACAAAGGUUCACAAUGGAGAACACCCUGGUGUUCAAGUUUGAAAAUAGGGCAAGAAAAGCAAACGAGAAAGGCGAGAUCACAGGUCAAGCAAGUUUCUUCUUAUCAAAGUUGGCAAAGGCGUCUUCUCUGGUUGAACGGAAAAUGAAGCUGGUGGGCAUGAAGUGCAACCUAUGCAACCUCAGGGAUUCCUACAUUGUUGGAAGCACCAGUUUUGUGGAUAUCGAAAGCCCGAGGACUGUGACCCUCUUUGCGGAUGUGAUAGAAUCACGAAUGAAACACAUGAUAUCUUGUCCUGAUUGUAAUCAAAUGAACAAGAGUAUUCUGGCUUCGUAUGUCCCAAACAUCCAAGAUAUUCAAAAUAUGCGUUCUUUUGCUGAAAAGUGGUUGUUGGUUUUGCACGCAUCCUACUUUGCUGUUGCGCGGCCGAAUGCCUUGGUGACAUCAGCGCCACAUCAGAGAAUAGAAGUGACCGAUUUCUUGCCCAUCACUGAGGAUUCGAUAUACGAGGACUUGGUUUCAUCCAUGGAGAUGGGAAGAGCGACGGGCGACCUUCGCUUGGAUGAUUUGUCAGAGGGCAUGGGGAAACUACUAUCUCCCGUCAUGGAAGUCUUUCUCAUGAGUUUCAGCCUACAAUGCAAUUUACAGACUGGGCUAGAGCUGUGUUUCAAGCAUACCAGCGCCGAAAGCAAAGAAAAGUUGCUGGUUUGGAGUUUUGAAAAAACGUUCAGUGUUGAUAGUGACUUUUGCAAACGGGUAUGGGACUUCUUCCGGCAAAAUUACAUGGCAUGUUCUGAAGUACCCAAGGGCAUGCGAAAGCUUGUUUGUAUCUCAAUUCAACCUCCAGUUGAGGAAUUGAAAUUUGUCGGCAAGAAAUGGAGCGAGUAUGCAUCUCGCAUUGUGCGGAACCAAAAAGCGAUCCGUCCCAAGUCAGAUGUGAAAAUACUGCAUCCUAUGUACGUUCCCAUGCCGCUCGAAUAUCUUCCAGCAAUAAAGAGUGGGACCUUCCCCCUACAGGGAAGCUUUGAUAGCAAUGAUGUCGUCAUGAUUGCUGCAUACCGAAACUCCAUUGGUAAUCGUCGUUUCCGACAAACAGUUUCGCAAUUUCGAGCGCUAUACAGUCGCUUACCACCAAACAAACAAUCUAUCAUUGCCGACAAAAUAAUCCGGUUGAUCCAGAGGAGAGGAGGCUCUUUCUACUCGAAAAAUGGUUACUUGGCAAUAUUUGAGGAAUCUGUUGCUUUCACACAGAAGGCAUUGGAGAAUGGUUUCCCAGAGAUGAUGCAUCCAGUGAUUCCAGCGGAGGCGAAAUCGGUAGUUUCGGGUGUCGAGUUCACUCGUAUGGUGGAUAUCUUGGCUGACCGGAAAGAAUCGAUAAACAGAGUGCAAAGGAUGAUGAUUGAAUCCCUCUCAAAAGCAAAGGAUGCGAGUGCAGAAAAAACCAACAGCUCUCUCAAUGGAAGGCGACCUACAAAUAGAGAGGGUCAACCGAUUGAUAUCUCAUCAUAUCAACAGUCCCAACUGAAGGGACGACAAUUUAUCAGAGGGUCUGGCAAGCGCAAGAAAGAUAGAGCUAUUAAUACCAAUGAUGGUACGAGCAAGCGACCACGUAAAUAG